AGUCUGUGCCGCUGACUACACUGCCUCUCUCCCUCCUUUACCCCCUCACUCUGCUGCUUCUCUCUCUCACUCACUCACUCUCUCUCUCUCUCUCUCACACACACACGCCCUCACACCGUCUCUCGUACCCUCAUUCCUCCACACCGCUGCAGACAUGGCCGAGACUUUCGUUGGCACAUGGAACCUGAAGGAGAGCGAGAACUUUGAUGAAUACAUGAAGGAGCUGGGUGUGGGCUUUGCUACACGUAAGGUGGGCAACCUCACCAAGCCCACCACUAUUAUCUCGGUGGAUGGCGACAAGGUGACAGUGAAGACCCAGAGCACCAUCAAGAACACAGAGCUCUCCUUCAAGCUGGGAGAGGAGUUUGAUGAGACCACCGCCGAUGACAGGAAGGUUAAGUCCAUUGUAACAGUAGAGGAUGGGAAGAUGGUGCACAUACAGAGGUGGGACGGCAAAGAGACCAGUCUGGUCAGGGAAGUCAACGGAAAUGCCCUCACACUCACACUCAAACUGGGGGAAGUUGUCUGCACGCGUCGCUACGAGAAGGCACAGUAAAACCCAACACUGAGUCCCUGCAUCAUUGACUUGCAUCAACUAAAGCCCUGCACCACAAACUCCUUAACACCACCUCAACCCAGGCCAAGUGGACCCCCAGUAUGGCCGCCGCAGAUACCCCUCAAUGUCCCUUCAUACUGUAUGCUCAGUAUUAACAUUACUGAUGACUGUGACCUCUGUUUAUCCCUGUCCUUCUCUUUAUACUGUUGUUCCUUCUACUGUAAGAAACACUGAAUAAAUUCCAAUGAUGUGUUGUUGUUUUUCUUCUCUAAAAUUUCAGGUCUGCAGAUUUUUUUUUUUAAGAAAAUGUGUUAUGCAUGGUGCAUAUGAUAAACCUGGAAAAGUGUUUGAAAAAAAUUGAAAGUUUAACUUUUGAGACCUGAAAAUAAAAAUAAACAGUUCACACUGUUGGAUGAACUGGUAAAACAA